UUGCAACCGGUCAUCAAUCGCCUCCCCCCGCGAGUUCCCGCGACCUAUAAGAGGAGGAGCCGCUCGCCGGCGGCGUAGCGCCGCGAGAAAGGGGACUGCGAGGGGGAGGGGCGAAGAAGAAGUGAGCGCGUUGUAUCUUUUGAUUCCCGCAGGUUUUUUUAUCUCGUUGGUCGACGCCGGCUCGGAUUCGAAGGGAACCUUGCGGCUUCUCGGGGUCGAAUUGCUGCGAAACGUUGUGAUUAGUGACAAAGGAGAUAUUUUAUUUGAUCCUCAUAGCUGCUUAUCUACAUUUCGAGUUAACUUCUUCCGAAUCAUUUCUUUGGAGCUGAGAAUGGAAUUGAAAGGCAAAAGUGCAAGUUUUGUUGAAUAAGUGGUGUUUAGGUUUCAAAAGUGCUCCUUUUAAGGUUGUUUAUAAGAUGGCUGGCUCACUGUAGAGCGAUGGUCGUCAGAGUUCAGACACUUUGAUCCCCAUGUCAGGGAAUGGUUGCUCCGGUCUCGGACUUGCCUCUGGUGACAUGAACCAGAUACCUAACAGCGCUGGAAACUCAUCGGGUCCAAAUAUUGGUGCGAAUUCCCUUGUCACGGAUGCCAACUCGGCUCUCUGUAGCGCUCAGUUGCAACGAUGCGCCAGCUUUAAUAACGAGACAUAUACACGGCUUCCUACCUCUCCCAUUUCCUUCUCCUCCAACUUUUCGGGUUCUUCAGUGAUGGAUGGUUGCUCAACUGCGCAGCAAAACCUUUCCCUAGCACAGAUGCAAAAGCAAGGGCUGUCAGGAGCAACAUCUCAGUUAACGCAACAGGACCUUGGAAGUUUUAUGAAUGCCCAAAAGAAACCACGAAUUGAUGGAAGGCAUGAGGAUGUCUUGCAUCGACAGUCGAUACAACAGCUUUUCCAGAGACAUGAGCCCAUUCAAGCACAUGGUCAACAGAACAUGCAGCAGGUCAUUUUGCAACACCAGAGAUUAUUGCAGCAGCAACGGCAACAACAGAUAAUGCAAUCCUUCUCUCAGAUGCAGCGAGUCCCUGUGAGAAACUUGCAGCAACAACAUCUGCAGCCUCAGGCUCUUCAAUUAGCUAAUCCUGUUAAACAGACAAUUGAUAAUGGAAUAUGUUACCGUAAGCUUAUGCAAUACUUGUAUCACAAACGACAUCGGCCACGGGACAACACAAUUUUAUAUUGGAGGAAGUUUGUGUCUGAGUAUUUUGCACCUCAAGCCAAGAAAAGAUGGUGUUUGUCCUUGUACGAAAAUAUGGGUAAUCAUGCUCUGGGUAUUUUUCCUCAAUUGGCUAUUGAUGCAUGGCAAUGUGACAUCUGUGCUUCCAAGUCUAGAAAGGGAUUUGAGGCUACUUUUGAAGUACUUCCUCGACUUUUUCAAAUCAAAUUUGAUGGUGGAGUUAUUGAUGAGAAUUUGUUUCUUGAUAUGCCACAUGAGGGCCGGUUGCCUUCUGGAAUUAUGGUAUUGAAGUUUGAGAAAGCUGUUGAAGAGACUGUUUAUGAACAUCUACAUACUAUUCGUGAAGGACAGCUUCGUAUAUUAUUUACACCAGAACUGAAGAUAUUAUUAUGGGAAUUUUGUAGUCGACGACAUGAAGAGUUUCUUUCUCGUAGGUUGCUUGCACCGCAGGUUAACCAAUUAUUGCAUGUUGCUCAAAAAUAUCAAGCAGCAAUAACUGAAAAUAGUUCCUCUGCCGUUCUGCAUCAAGACUUGCAAGCCAGCUGCAACAUGUUUGCAGCAACAGGUCGUCAGUUAUUAAAAAGUUUAGAUUUACAAGCUGUGAAUGACUUUGGAUUCUCCAAAAGAUAUGUCAGAUGUUUGCAGAUAGCUGAGGUUGUGAGCAGCAUGAAGGACUUGAUUGAUUUUAGUCUGGAGCAGAAGAUUGGAGCAAUAGAAAGCUUAAAGAGCUUCCCCAGGCAGUCAGUGGCCGAAAUCCAAAAACAGAAGUUGGAGGGAGGGCAACUCUCGAGUCAUAGUCUGUCUGGUGAACUUGGUAGUCUGGAUAAAGACGUGAAAAUUUCCCCAGGGUCAAAUAGUUACAUAAAUGACAACCUGGUAACUACCCAGGUUGCUAACAGUAGUCAUCAGAGUGUUCAUGCUCUAAACAACUAUCAGAAUAUGCUCAGAAAUACUGUGAAUAUGAAGCAGAAUGUACUUCACCAAGAGGCUUCUAGUUCUUUAGAUAAAUCUCUGCUUCAGCAAGAGGCUUCUAGUUCCUUGGGUAAAUCCAAACAUGCACUGUCUUUACAGUUUCUGGGAUCUGGCUUAUCAGGUCCAACAGAUGCGUCUAACAAUAAUUUAACCGGCCAACAUCAACAUCAGUUUCCAUUAGAUGGCUGCUUGAGCAAUUCAUAUAGCCCUCGGGUGAACCAAAAUAUGCAGCAACAUGUUAUUCAGCAAAUGCUACAAGAGAUGAUGAAUAACAGUAAGGAAACACCACAACAAUCUAUUGUUCCUGUUGCAAAUGCUAACCUGGCAGCUGGAGAUGUAAAUGGGUGUGACACUACUAGCAUGCCAAUCAGGAUAGACUCUGGCUCAUUCAGAAAUGCACUUGAUAUGCAAAACCACUCCUCAGGCCUUCCUAAGGAAGGUACAGGGGCCUUCCCGAGCAGAAAUGAUUGCUUCAAGUCUGCUGCCGCAGCUAGCGUCCCCUCCAUCAGCGGAAACUGUCUUAAUUCGAGAACAGAGUUGCUGGAGAACUUGGAUUUCACAGAAAUAGAUCAGAUUGCCCAGGAAUUUAUAGACGGUGGGAUGUUUGAUGGCGAUUCAUGGUGAUAUUUGGCCUCUGUUAUUGCAAGGUAUGACUACAUGUCGGAAAACACUGAUAUGCAAAAUGCAUAAUGUUUGCUGCAUACUGGUUGGAGCUUUAGGGUACUGGAUAUGUUGUUCCAUGUGAUAUGCAGGUGAUUCUGGAGGAGGCUCUUUAACUAGAGAAGUUGAGGUUUGUUGUUAAAACUUGUUUUUUGCAGACCGGCGAGAUUAAUGGUAUUGUUCUUGUUUGAGGUUUCCUAUUUUAUGUUCAUUAACUUGCCUAAAUAAUUAACUACUAGACAAGAAUCCUCUGCAUUUUAAGAUAUACUUGGAUGGCUUCCUUCAAGUGCACCAUCAGUCAAUUGAGAAUUGUUGGACCAUAAUUUGAUAGGUUAUUUUGAGGUUCCAGAUGACGAUCAUUCUAUAAAAAUCUUGUAUUUGUCUCUCUAA